CUGUCGCCCAUCGACGGCGUAGGUGUGCUUUUGGGCUAUGGGAAAGAGCAUGGUCAAACAUAUCUAACCAAUUCCAUCAGACCCCGGCCUACGCCUGAGAGCCUAUUGCUGUUGUUGCGGGCCGACUUUGGCCUUGACAUCGCCAAAUCAGGCAGAAUGACAGGCGGUAUACGGAUGAAAUAUGCGCGAUGCCGAAAGGGGCAGCCACGACUCGUGAUAAAUGGCAGUCUGGCUUUUGAUGACGGGCGGGAGAGGGGGGGCCGGGGGCCCGGAGAGGGAAGGACCGUAAUGCUAGGGAUCGGACCUGAGGCGCCGCCCGAUAAUCCUAUAGUGAAUUUCAUGAUGAGCGAGACACGCAUAAGGAAGGAUGGGUCUCAAGGGUUCAGAGUUGCCUGCCAAGGCUCGCAAGACUCGACUAGAUCAGCCACGGGCAUCCGGGGAAAGAGCACUGAGACCAAAGAGGGUAUUCCCAUGAUAAUCAGUGGCGGGUCCAGACCUGACGACAAGUGCAUUAUUACCCCGGGUGCUGUGUAG